ACCUCUCGACCAGGAGCAGCCAAUCAGAUCCCUCCUGAUUGUGUAGACCAGGUAACAGAGGUACGAGGGUUCCUCAGAAAGAGGAGUACAUCAGGAAGAGGAUCAGUCAUCAGAGCCUGGCCAAAAAAAUCAUCUCACACAUGAAGUCUUCAAGAAGCCUCUACGUCAUGUGCCACAUCCCAGUCUUCUGCUGGAUCUCAGCCACUGUUCUAGAGAGAAUGUUCGGAGGAGCAGAGCGUGGAGCAAUCCCCACGACUCUGACUCAAAUGUUCACACACUUCCUGAUCUUUCAGAUCAAACACAUGGACCAAAAGUACCAUCAGAAAUCUGACCCUGAUCCUCAGCAGACCAGAGCGAGUAUCCUGGCACUGGGAAAACUGGCUUUCCAACAGCUGGAGAAAGGAAACCUGAUCUUCUAUGAGGAAGACCUGAGAGAUUGUGGCAUUGAUGUCAGAGAAGCUUCAGUGUACUCAGGAGUGUGUACCCAAAUCUUCAGAGAGGAGUUUGGGCUUCACCUGGGGAAGGUGUUCAGCUUUGUACAUCUGAGUGUUCAGGAGUUUCUGGCUGCUUUAUACGCAUUUCUCUCCUUCAUCACGUCAAAUAUGUCUGCUUUCCUGAGGAGUGAAGUGAACAAGGCCUUACAGAGUGAGAAUGGACACCUGGACCUGUUCCUCCGCUUCCUUCUGGGUCUCUCACUGGAGUCCAAUCAGACUCUCUUACGAGACCUAUUGCCCCAGACAGGAUUCAGCUCUCACAGCAAACAGGAAACAGUCGAGUACAUCAAGGAGAAGAUCAGGGAGAAUCCAUCUCCAGAUAAAUCCAUCAAUCUGUUCCACUGUCUGAAUGAACUGAAUGAUCAUUCUCUAGUGCAGGAAGGCCAACAUUACCUGAAAAGAAGAGGUGACUGGGGUCUCACUGGAGUCAGACUCUCUCCUGCUCAGUAGUCAGCUCUGGUGUUUGUGUUGCUGAACUCAGAUCAGGAGCUGGAUGUGUUUGAUUUGCGUAAAUAUAACAGAUCAGAGGAAUGUCUUCUGAAGCUGCUGCCAGUGGUCAAAGCCUCCAGAAAAGCAGAGCUGUGUCGGUGUAUUCUCACAGGGAAAAGCUGUAGAGUUCUGUCCUCAGUUCUCAGCUCAAGCUCCUCCAGACUGAGAGAACUGGACCUGAGUGAGAAUAAUACCCUGCAGGAUUCAGGAGUGAAGCUGCUCUCUGCUGGACUGGAGAAUCCACACUGUACACUGGAGAUACUGAGACUGAGUGAGUGUACUCUCACAGAGGAAAGCUGUAGAGUUCUGUCCUCAGUUCUCAGAUCGAACUCCUCCAGACUGAGAGAACUGGACCUGAGUAACAAUACCCUGCAGGAUUCAGGAGUGAAGCUGCUCUCUGCUGGACUGGAGAAUCCACACUGUAUACUGGAGAUACUGAGGUCAGAUCAUCACACCUGUGUGUGCGUGCGUGUGUGUGUGCAGAUGAUUCAGAUGAUUAUGGAUGACAUUAACCUGUACAAAGUGUUUUGAAGAACAUACACUCGCCAUCCACUUUAUUAGGAACACCUGUACAUCUAAUCAGCCAAUCAUGUGACAGCAGCGCAAUGCAUAAACCCAUGCAGAUGCAGGACAAGAGCUUCAGUUAAUGUUCACGUCAACCAUCAGAAUGGAGGAAAAGUAUGAUCUCUGUGACUUUAACCACGGCAUGGUUGUUGGUACCAGAUGGGUUGGUUUGAGUAUUUCAGAAACUGCUGAUCUCCCGGGAUUUUCACACUGAACACCCGCUCACAGGAUGUUUUUUUUAUUAUUAUUAUUAUUAUUUUGCACCAUUCUGUAUAGAGACUGUUGUCUGUAUUUGACUGAUUGGAUAAUUGGAUAAAUGAGCAGGUGUACAGGUGUUCCUAUUAAAGUGGAUGGUGAGUGUAUGUGGCUAUUACUAUUUUAAAAGGAUAAUGAUAAUGGGUAAGGUUUUGCUUUUACGAUGCUUUGUUUUGGUUCAUUAGAUGAUGUAAUGUCAGGACUGUAAAUAUGAAGCAGCUGAGAUAAAUAAACUAAACCUACAUAUUAGAUUGCUUAUGAGUAAUCUAGUAUAAUGUAGCUCAAAAACGCAAACGGAACAGUAAUGAAACUUCUACUAUUACAUUUGUUUAUCGGCUGUAAAUAAACUCUUGUUGUACCUCCAGUAUAAUUAAAUCAAACACACAUAACUAGAAUGUCUUUUUUUUUUUUUUUCAAAAGUUCACUAUGUUAUAAGAUAAAAUAUCUUUAUAGAUAUGUGAUAUUGGAUCAUUUUCCUCAAUAAAUAAGUGACCAAGCAUCAUUUUUUUUUUCUCUCAUUUGUUUAAUUGGAUUCUCUUUAUCAACUUUUAGGACUUCUGAAUAUCUGAUGAUGUUUUAGGUCAUAUUUAUACAGAAAUAUAGAAAAUUCUAAUGGGUUCGCAAACUUUCAAGCAUCACUGUAUAUAACUGAUGAUAGUAUUCCACAUGGACAUUCUCACUGUGGUUGCUGGGACUACAAAGUAAGGUAAGCAUACCUAAUAAUCUCUCCCUCUCUUUACCUCCCUCUCACGCUCUCCUUCUGUCGAGCCACACAUGAUUUAAUGGAGAUGCCAGUGAUCCCGACACUUUCUGCUCGCCAGACCUACCUGAUCCAUUCUGAUGCCCUACCUCUGGAUGGAGCUCUCAUCAUCCGGUGGCUACAGCCUGGAGAUCGCUGAGGAUGGUACCACUUGAAGUACCAUUGAAAUGGUUUUGGACCUCAAAUCCACAUGGACAUUCUUGUUGUGGUUUCUGAGACUACGGCAGUAUGGCCUUGGGACUUCAAUUUCCACAUACAAUUUUGCACUCAGGUCUCCUUUAGUGAACAGUGGACUAGUUCGACAAACAGACUUCAUAUAAAAACCAUAAUGAACUUUCUUUUACUUUCACACUAUCUGUUGUUACCCAGAUGAGGACGGGUUCCCUUCUGAAUCAGGAAGAAACUCAAGGUUUCUUCCUCAUAUCCUCUUAGGGAGUUUUUCCUCGCCACCGUGGUCUCUGGCUACUCAUUAGGGAUAAAUUCAUAAAUUAAAAAUUUAUAUCCUAAAUUUAUAUAUUUAUUUAAAGCUGCAUUGGAACAAUGUCUAUUUUUAAAAGUGCUAUACAAAUAAAAUUAAUUGAAUGUGUUUGUGUGUGUGUGUUUUCUUGGACGGCCUUUAUAAAUGGUCUACGCACUGAACACUGGGCCUGCCUACUUUCAUACAGGACCAUUUCGGACCAUUGUUCUGUCUUCUACUGGCCAUAGUCGUGGGAAAAAUUGGAUCUUCUCACGUUCAGUUCACACACCCAGUUCUAUUUUAUGUAUAACCUCAGUCACUCUUUAUGGGCUCAUUUUCAGUUUUUGCAGUCUAACCCAAAGCGUUAUAUAAACUGUACAUUUUAAAGGAGCUUGUAAAAAUAUCACAGGACGACAUGCCCACAUACGUAUAUUUCACUCUAUGGUGACGUUUUACUGUGUGCAGCUGUGGGUAUGUGUUAUACUAUCUUGUGUAGCAUAACUGGCUCUGAGGACUAGACUAAAAGCUGUUAUAUGCUAUCUUUUACUGUUAUUAGGCUGGUUUUUAUACCUAGUGUCUCAUGUGACGUGCACACUGUAACCACAACAAAGCUCUUAGCUAGUAUCGGUUAACUAGCUAGCCUAGCUUGGUGUCUAGAUUACAUGUAUUAUGAUCAGAAAUAAAGGUUGAUGUAAUCCUAAUGAUGAUGAGGAUGUUUGCCUUUUUUGUAGGGUUUGGAGGGAGAAAAUAAAGAGAACCGCUUGUGCGACGUCACACUGUGUACA